AUGUGCAAGGUCUUUGCAAUGACUUUAAGAGGAGCAGCUCAGGACUGGUUCCACACCCUGCCAUCCGGGUCGAUCAGCAGCUUCAUGGAGCUUGCUUAUGUCUUCACCAAAGAGUACACUUCUUAUCGGACGAUCAAGAAGAACCCUGACCAUCUGUUCAACGUGAAAAAGAAGUCCGAUGAAUCCCUCCGAGACUACAUCAAGAGGUUCAAAGCAGAGAGGGCAAACAUUGUAGGAUGUGAUGACCAAAUUGCAUCCUCCGCCUUCAAGAGGGAAGUCUUUGCUACAACAGAGCGCUACGCACUAUGGGACGACGACCAGAUUGCCGCGAAGAAGGCUGAUCAAGCAGCUAAGCAGGCAAGCAAAGAGAACGGCAAGCGCAGAUCACAGCCUCAGGAAGGUGCUCCAGCAAUAGAGAAGUACACCAAGUUCACUAUCCCGAUACACCAGAUCCUAGCUCAAGUAAAUGACAUGCCUUGGUUGAAAAAACCAUCACCUUUAAAGGGAAACCUAACAAAAAAGGAUACCAGUAGAUACUGCACAUUCCAUGAAGGGUAUGGUCAUUAUACAAACGACUGCUUCGCCUGGAAAAGGUACCUCGAAGAUCUAGUCAGAGACGGCCAUUGCACAGAAUUCAUCUCAAGGGGGGCCAUUCAACAAAUCAAGGAUUGUGACGCAACUAACAAUGAGCCUCCACGAAAAAAGCCAUAUGGAUCAACACGAUCCUAG